AUGUCGGGUGUGUGGUGGCAUCGACCCGGAUCCAUCCUGGCACUGCAAUACGAAAACGACUGCCAACAGAGGUGGUACCUGUCCAAGGAGUCGUCAGUUAAGAUGCCAGAUGUGUACCCAACGAAGGAUGGGCACAUUCCCUUCUCCGACCAGUCUCAGCUGUCCUCGGGAUUUGCAACUGGAUACCCAAUCGAGGCCGCAUUAGUAUUACCAUCUGCACAUUGA